GGAAGGAGGGAGGGAGUCGGAGGGGGAGCAAGGGGAGGGGGGGGAAGAAAGAAAGAAAAAAAAGAAGAAGAAAAAGGCGGCAGAGGCGGAGGCGAACUCUUGGGCAGAGUUCCCAGGGCGCCUCGCAAGCUGACCGGACGGAGUCACCUUCCGCGGGGGGCGACGCUGCCCUGAGGAAGCAGGAGAAUGAGAAAGCGGGCGCGGGGGGCGCGGGAGGCGCUGCGCCAGCCUUUCCUCCGCUUAAGUUCUCGGGUUCCGUAGACUUUUGCCCGCGGACUCCCAAACCUUCUCGCUUCUCUUCCUUCCUUCCUUCCUUCCUCCCUCCGCGCCCGCCUUCGCUCGCUCCCGGGGUAUAACUAGUCUUCGGCGCUCGGCAGGUCCGGGACGAGAGCGAGCGGGAAGAAAGAAGCCGUCGCUCGCAUCCCGGCGGGUGUUGUGGAAGGCGAAAGGCAGCCUUUUCUCCUCGCCCGGCGGAGCGAGGCAGCCCGGAGGAGCGGGGAGGAAAAAGCCACCAGCCGGUGACAGGAACGCUCGCAACUUUGUGCGUGUGUAUGUGUGUGCGCGCGCGAGUGGGAACGCGACGAGCGCCCGAUGCGGAACUUGAGAAACAACUCAGACAUUGGCUGCAGAAGCUCUACGUCUACUGAUUUGGGGAAACAGAGGGUUCCUACCAUUCGAGAUGAAACUCUACCUGCCUAGGAAGAACUGGAUAUUUGGAGAGAAUGCUUUUAUUUAGCAAGAACAGCCAAAUAUAACACUGUUUCUGUUGCUUCAAUCUACUCAUUUUUCCUUCCCAAUUUCUUCCCACUACUGGGAUCCAGUCAUUGAGCACCAAUUAUUUAAUGCCCGGUAGUAUUUAUCAUCAUUACUAGACUUUUUUUUUAAUGUGCUGUGAGAUUUCUGAAAAUAUUUUUGUUUCUUGGGCUUUUUUCUCCCACCAUUUUUUGGGACUUUCUCUUGAGUAGUUAUCUCGCUCGCGGUGCAUCUGGAUGGCUUCAUAAAUUGGGAGCACCCUUGUUCAUCAUGGGGAGAGAACAGGAAUUGAUCCAGGCUGUGAAAAAUGAGGACGUACCUGGUGUGCAGAAAUUGGUAGCAAAGAUCAAGGUGUCCAAAAGUAAACUCUUGGGAUCAACUAAACGGCUGAAUGUAAACUACCAGGAUGUGGAUGGGUUUUCAGCUUUGCACCAUGCAGCCUUGGUCGGAAGCCUGGAGCUUAUCUCUCUGCUGCUGGAGGCACAAGCCAUUGUGGAUAUUAAGGACACAAAUGGGAUGCGCCCUUUACACUAUGCUGCCUGGCAAGGGAAAGUGGAGCCAGUGCGCCUCCUGCUACGGGCAUCUGCUUCAGUCAAUAUGGCAUCAUUGGAUGGACAGGUCCCACUGCACCUGUCUGCCCAGUAUGGCCACUAUGAAGUGUCAGAGAUGUUGCUUCAGCACCAGUCCAACCCAUGUCUUAUAAAUAAGGCUAAGAAAACCCCCUUGGACUUGGCUUGUGAGUUUGGAAGGCUGAAGGUAGCCCAGUUACUUCUAAACAGCCAUAUGUGUGUUGCUCUGCUUGAGGGACAAUUCAAAGACACAAGUGACCCCAACUACACUACACCUCUACACUUGGCAGCCAAGAAUGGGCACAAAGAGAUUAUCAGACAACUCCUAAAAGCUGGAAUUGAGAUCAACAGGCAGACAAAAACAGGCACUGCCUUGCAUGAAGCUGCACUGUAUGGCAAGACAGAAGUGGUGCGCCUACUGCUGCAGGGGGGCAUUGAUGUCAACAUUCGCAACACCUACAACCAGACAGCCUUGGAUAUUGUGAACCAGUUCACCACUUCACAUGCCAGCAAGGACAUCAAGCAGCUCCUACGAGAGGCGUCAGGAAUCCUGAAGGUCCGUGCUUUAAAGGAUUUCUGGAAUCUCCACGAUCCAACAGCUCUUAACAUCCGUGCAGGAGAUGUCAUCACGGUCCUGGAGCAGCACGCAGAUGGACGGUGGAAGGGCCAUAUCCACGAUGCUCAGAAAGGCACUGACCGAGUUGGCUACUUUCCUCCAUCCAUUGUAGAAGUAAUCAGCAAGCGGACAGGCCUGACUCUUUCCCGCAUGGUGUCCACACAUCAGUGCCAGAGCCAUGCAAAGGGACUGCAGGUUACCACAGCCACCCCUCCUGGUGGGCUACAACUGCAUACCGAUGCCUCUCCGCCACAGGCACCCCUCAGCCUCCCUCCAGGUUGGGGCCACCUCACCCUGACUAGGACAGCUCCAGCACUUGAGAGCCCAGCAGGUGAUCGAAACAGUGUGGGCAGCGAAGGCAGUAUUGGCAGUAUCCGAAGUGCUGGUAGCGGCCAAAGUACUGAGGGCACCAAUGGACAAUUCAUGGGAAUCCUCAUUGAGAAUGUAAAGCCACUUUUGCCUGGUGGGGAGGAUCUGCAGCAACAUGUCCUGAGUUCAAAUUCUCACAAUGGUCAGACCAGCUCCUUAGGGACACAAAUGCAUCAGAAUUUUUCCAAUGACAGGAUCUUCUCCCACCAAUAUCUACGCCCAGAGCAGCUCCUGGAAGGGAAGGAUGCUGCAGCUAUUUACAAUUGGCUAAGUGAAUUCCAGCUUGAGUGUUAUACAGCCAACUUCCUGAAUGCAGGUUAUGAUGUGCCAACAAUCAGCCGCAUGACUCCAGAGGAUCUCACAGCAAUUGGGGUGACUAAACCAGGCCACAGGAAGAAAAUUUCGACAGAGAUUGGACAGCUCAGCAUUGCUGACUGGCUCCCAAAUUAUAUUCCUGAUGACUUGAUGGAAUGGUUGAGUGCUAUUGGUCUACCACAGUACCACAAAAAGUUGGUGAGCAACGGUUAUGACUCCAUCAACAUUGUGACCGAUCUGACUUGGGAGGAUUUGCAAGAGAUUGGCAUCAACAAACUUGGCCACCAAAAGAAGAUCAUGCUGGCUGUCAAGAGGUUGACAGAUCUUUGUAAGAGUCAGAGCCAGGCUGAAGUCAGCACUCUUAGGCGCAAGAUCCCUGGUACCUUGGAAAUAGUCACCAUUGAGACUGUGGAGAAUGGAGAAUGCCAUUCUCCUCUCACCCCCAAAAUGACCACUUUUCAGGACAGUGAGCUGAGCCAUGAGCUCCAGACAGCCAUGUCCAACAGCUGCCAAGAGACAUUGACCAUCAAGAGUACCCAAGGCAUGUCACGGAGUCAAGAGAGCAUUGGUGCACGAUCCAGAGGAUCAGGACAUUCCCAGGAGAACAUGCUGUCCCAAAGCACGUCCUCUAGCCAUUCUCAGGAGAGUUUGGGUAGUGGCGAAGGGAGCAGUGGGAGCAGUGGAGGGCAUUCUUUCACCCAGCCCCAUCCUGCGGAGAACUCUGCCACCACCCAGGGUCGGCCCAGCCCAGACCACUAUGGGAAAUUCAUUCCAUUGCUCAAUGGACCAGAUGGAAUCAAUGGCUAUUCUAGCAGUUGUGUGGGAAGUCCCCUGAGGGAGAGAAAUCUGCCCGAGGGGAUGGAUCACUUCCAGAGACCAAGUGCUUCACCAGAGCCAUCAAGCCCACUACCAGCCCCUUCCCCCUGCACAUUGCCCCAUGCUGCCAGCAAGGGAACAGCUCCAUAUGUCUUCAUGUAUCCUCACAUAUCACUGAAGGCCCAGUCAGCUCCUCCACCUUCCAUGCCUGAGCAGGCCAAGGCAUCUACCCACUUGUCAGUCCAGAGGACUGCCCUCCAAUCAACUGCCCAGAAAGCUUUUUCCUAUCUUCAUUCCCACUGCGGCCCUACAGAGCCACCUCAGUUGCCUCCAAAGCCUAAGCCUGAACGCCAAAAUGGUGAGGGCUUUAAGCACAAGAAACGCUCACAAAGCUUAAACCGCUAUGCAUUAUCAGAUGGGGAACCUGAUGAGGAAGAGCCAGCUAGCAGUUCAGUGGGCUCUUAUGCUACCCUAACUAGGCGACCCGGGCGCAGUCAGGUUUCACGGACACAGCCGCCUUCAGAAGCUAAAGUCUUGCGCAGUCAGUCUUUUGCUAUCCGGGCCCGGAAGAAAGGCCCUCCUCCUCCUCCUCCUAAACGCCUCAGUUCGGUUUCCAGCCCUUUAGCAGUUGAUGCAGAGUUUGAACAAGGCCAACCGGCACAGAAUGGUUCCUCGCCGUCCAAGGACGAAGGGGAUAAUACUAAUGACAGAGCUUGUCUGGGGAAAAACACAGCUGCUAAGCUCGACAGGCCAGUCUAUGAUGGGAGCCCAGCUCAGCCACUUCAGUCUUCCCAGGUCCCCAGUUGUGGUCAGGAAGGUACCAAGAAAGGUGGCCUCCACAAUUCAGUUCAAGGAGGCCUUGGUAACACCAAUACACUGAAUGGUAGAAGCCAGGUCUUGGAAGGCAACGGUCCCAGGAGACGAACAUUCAGUGAAUCGGCAGUUACCAUGACAGAGGCUUUGCAGCAUAACCGUGAAGAUAUCCGAUCAGACACUGAGGAAGAGGGUCCAGUUGAGAAGGAUCAUUGUGCCAAAUCCCCUUGUUCUUCUCAAAACAGCUCCAGUGAGUGCAUCCCCUUUGCAGAAGAAGGCAACCUAACCAUCAAACAGCGACCAAAGCCUUUGGGGCAGCUCAAAACCAAUGCCACAGCAACUCCAGACUCAGACUCUGCUCUUGCUCAGUCCAGUGGAAAAGAGUCUCAAGGGGAUCCAGCAAAAGAAGCCCCGGUGUUGGAAUUCAAUCUCACAGAAUCUGACACGGUCAAGAGGCGGCCCCGGUGCAAAGAGAGGGAACCUCUCCAAAACGUGCUGAAGGCAUUUGGCACGGCUGCUCCAAGCCCAGGCAUGACCACCGCCCCACAGUAUGCCCAGGCCCAGGCGGUAAGCAUCAGUGGGCCUUCGCUGCACAUGAUGGAACCGCUCCCUACCACAGGCCCACUGGAGGACGACCACAUGGCAUUCCAAAUAGUUGAGAUAGAGAAAAGCAUCCUGUCCUUGGAGAAGGGGAUUAGCAAGCUUCCCGUCUCUUCGAAACCAGCCAAUCCAGGGCCCCUGCACAGCGAGAGGCAUGGAGGAUCAGCUCAGCUAAGAAUACCGGCCACGGUAACAGACACGACAUCCAUGCCAACAUCCAUUGCUUCCACCAAGCUGGUAUUUUCAGGACCCAAAACCAUCUAUCAGCAAGUCUUGGCAAACUCACACCACACAGGUCCCUCCAGAUCAACCCCUGAAAUGGUGCCAGAAGUCUCCAGUCCCUAUCCCAUGAAACUGGGUCUCAGCAAUAAGCCUGCUUUCAAUUUUGGGGUGCCCCUUCCGCCAAGGCCUCCAACCAUGUGUCCAGAUGUGAUGCAGACUCAGCAGCGCCUGGAACAAACCAGUUCAUCGUUGGCAUCCACCCUUGAGGCUGCCGAAAAGGAGAUCAUUGCAGAGGAAGCAGACAGCUGCUAUGGGACAACACACUCAGCCAAGAACAUUCUUGAAGACAUCAGCAACAUGUUCAACGACCUAGCUGAGCAGCUGGAUGCCAUGUUGGACUGAGCACCAGCUUCUCGGCAUGCAUUAUAAUAGGUUCCCGCUUCUAACCUGACAUAUAUAAGGUGGACAAGCUCUGAGAUGAGUCUCACAAGUACUUCUAGUUUCUCCUCCUGCACUUUAGCAUCUUGCUUACUCAACAUGUUUUGCUGGAUAGAGGCUCCCAGAUCUUCACUUCCAGCUGGAAACCACCCCCAAAUAGCUACUUAUGCUCUGGUGCUUUCUAGCGCUUUGACACAAGAUGAAGCAAGCACUCCAAUGCAGAUUGACUCGGUUUCUACCUAUACACCAGAGCAACUGUGCUGCCUUAUGAACUAAUGGUGCACACCACACUGCAGUUGUAAAGGGGCAGAAGUAUCUCUACUCAGGCUAAUUGUGGAAUAAGAUUAUCAGUGUCACUGUGAGCUUCUCAAAAGGUCUCCUCCCGCCACAUAGACCUACAUUUCUUCUCAAAACGAACUCAUUCUUUGUUCAUGGAUUUUGUCAUUUCAAUAGUAGAAGCAUUGUGUCAAUUUCUUCAGAUAUAGUGGUUCACUGGUUGGUUGUUGGCAGCUUGCAGGACAAGGCAAAUCCCUGAGGCCAUUUCAGCAUAUCAAUACAGAAAACACUAUAUAACCAGUGGGCUUUAAAUCUCCUUCUGUUCAAAAAGUACAUGCCAUAGGCUGUGAUUCACAAAAAAAAAUUGCACACAACAUUUCAAAGCAAAUGUUUUGGGAAGAACUGAAAGCUACUUGACCACUCCCAAAUCGUUUGGACUUAUGCAAUGUAUGGGACUGGAAGACCAGAGAGCAGAGAACCUUGUCUUCCAUUUCCCCCACUUUCAGUAGACUCUGUGAGAGAAAUACCAACUAGUUUAGCAAAACCCCUAGUGCAGAGGUCCCUAACCCCUGGUCAGUGGCCUGGCACCAGACCACAGCAUGCCAGCAACCGGUCUGUGCAAACAAGCAAAGCCCCUUCAGUGGGACGCAGGCAGCAUGCAAAACCAUGCCUCCUCAGGUCCACGGAAAAACCUUUCUCCACAGAACCGGUCCCUGGUGCCCAAAAGGUUGGGGGCCCCUGCUCUAGUGAUGAUUAUAAAAAUAUGCUAACACGCCAACUGAGUUUCUGUUGUAGCUAUAUUAAGUGAUUUUUUUUUUCACUUACGGUGUUCUUCUCUGCAGGGAACAAAACACUUUUGACAGUUAAUUAGAGCUGUGGCCUUUUUAGGGAAAUGAAAAACGGCAGAAUUUGGGCUCCAAACGUUUGCAGAACUGCCCCACUUAGUCCUUUCCCCAGCUCAAAGAGUGCCUAUAAGCUUAUUAUUAAACUCACGGACAAGAACCUAGAAGACAAGAGCCAAGCUAUGGCUAUGUUGCCCUACUGUAUUUCAGAGAUGAUCUUCUUUGAAGUGAGAGAAGGGAGAAGUUGCACACAAAUUAUGUUUAUAAGCUACAGACUAUAGCCAAGAUUUUUUUU